GUACAACUUCCCGAGAAUCAACAGGUUGUGAGGAGAAAUCGUUCGGCGCUGGAAAAGAAUAAAAACAAGUCGUCUCCAACGCCUCCUCCUUCGGCGAAAGUGGUUAUUAAGGAAAAUAUUAAGUGUGGGACUGCUGUGGCUUUCGGAAAUUUUAUGCAUGGGGGAAGAAGCUGCGAUGAUUUUUGCUAAGUGUGGCUAAAAUGGCUUACCAUCUAAUUUGGAAGCAUGUGCGAUGAAACUGGGAGAGAACUGGUUAAGCCCUGUUGUGGCACCAUGACGAGGUAGACGGAACUCUGCCAGCCGACGCCUUUCCAGCCUACGCACCGCCUAAGCAGAGAGCGCUGGAAUGGCCACCUUCGGAUAGCAGCCGAUUCCAGUGGGCGGCAGGGAACGAGAGAGAAAGAAAAGACCCUAAAGGCUCCAUCGGUAUAUCAAAACAAGAAAUUGGUAGUUAUUCAUAAAAAAGACAAAACAUGCCCGUGAGCCUUGUGACUUCGUCGCCUACUUUGCGUGGGGUAACUCGCAACGAAUCGACGCGCUCGGAUUCCUCUGCUGCCUCCAACACCUCUCAGAGCUCCGUUACGGGAAACAAGAAAGUGAGCUUCAACAAGGCGGUUCGCGUCAAAAAGUACCCCCGUCCCAGAAAGAACGAGAAUCCCUCGUACGGCUCGGACAAAAGUGCCGAGGGCGCUGUCAACGGUGACGUGCCUGGAAGCUCGGGAAAGCGAUUUUGGUUCAAAGUUUACAAAAACAAACAUCGCCAAUCUCCGGACCCCAGCGAAUUUCGACGCCAGAACGGAGUCAUUUACUAUGACAACGACGUGAAUGACACUAAUGGAUAUGAUGACGAUACUGUGAGUUACCAUCCGAACCCUUGUGUCCUAAAUUACCCAGUGCUGACGUCUGAAUGUGGGACACAAACUCCCAAUCGUAGGACGGACGGAACAUCCUCCCGGACUGCUUUAUUGGGUAACGAGUACACGCCUCUUCAUCCGAGUCAGAUGCCGUCUGAUCCGCCUGCUGUUAGGAGGAACUAUGUGAAAAAAAUUGUAAAUAAAUUCAACGAAGAAGCUGUGCUUCAAAGAUCGAGAUCACCCGACAGAGAACCAGCAAGCCCACCUAUUUCACCUCCAGGAUCUCCAAGGUUCCACUCCACUCCAAAGCACAUUCCUAUUCCUCCGCCACCACCCCCACCGAUUCCUCCGAGUGCUUACGAACGACCUUCUUCCGAGGGGGGCCUUUUUUCUCAGUCUCGAUUCAAGAAGAAUCCGAUCGUCAACGGUGUGAAAGUGAUGUUCGGUAUCGGACAGCUGAAGAAAGGUGAAAAAAGCGAUCCUUACAGAGAUCUUAGUGAAUGGAGUGAUACGCCAAUGACUAAUGGAGACGGGAAAUAUCCAAAGAAAGGAACUGGUCUUUACAGAACUGAGAUCCCUGUCCGCGAUGAAUCUGAUACUGAAGUGAAAACACCGUUUGUGUCCAAUGACAAGUUCUUGUUCGGAGAUGUAAACCACCAUAAUGAAAUAGUGAAGCGGGAAGACAAGCUAGAUUUUGCACGUGAAAAAGAAAACCACGCAGAUGAUGAUUUUGAAGAAUAUUACUACCAAAACGAAGAUGAUAGAGGCAGAAAAAGCAAGUACCACGUGGAAACAUUUGAUAGUGGGAACCAGCUGUUAUUUGAUACAACAGAUGUUAAUACUGCCACAGGUAAAACGGAUAAAGGUGAAUUUACUUCAACCGUUGGAGAGAAGCAUCAGCUGUGGAGAAAUAAUAAGCGUAUUAUAGUUUAUGAGGAACAGUCUCCAACAAUCAUCAGAAGAAAAGCAAAAUCUCAUAGUGAUUUAACAGAACCGGAAAUUAAAUACCCCCCGGAAGAAAAACUAGAUAAAGGUAUUUCUACUGAUGAACUUUUUACUCGCAAGUCUGACACAAAAGAUACUUUGUCGAAAAAGAACAAGGAUUCUUGGUUUCGUCAUUUCCGAUCCGCUACAAAAGAUAAAGGAAUACAGUGUAGCAAAAUUCCAACCGAUGAGCCAGAAGAACUUUACGGAUUCGGCCGUUACAAAAUUAUUCGUCCGAGAAACGGUGUUGUGUCAGCUUUCAGCAAUGUACCUACUUUGGAAACUAAAACAAAGAAAAGUAAUGGUACCACAUUCAGCCAAACUAACGGGUAUAACAGUAAAGACAGUGUAAUAUAUAGUCAAAUAGACAAAUCGAAGAAGAAAAAGAAUUCCGAAAAGGAAAAAAAGAAGCAUAAUAUGUUUCACGAAGAAGGGCGCUUUGGCGGUCUCUUCAAAUCUAGAUCUGAACCGCUGUACAUCGGUCCACCUCCUCCAAAGUCUCAGCAACAAGAAGAAGAUGAACUAGAAAGCAAUUAUUUUGAGGACAGAGGUGAAAGAACUGUUAAAACUUCAAGAAAAAGUUUUGGAUUUCGAUUGAACACUGGCAAAGAAAAUAAAACUAAAGAUAUGAGAAGCUCUUUUGGCGAAGAAGAUUGGUAUAAUCUCGAUGGCGAUAUAGAAGCUGCAGAGCGACAAAAGAGACGAGGCCGAAGCCACAGGGACAUAUCUGAAAUUCGACAGGAAUUAGCUGAAGAAGAAAUAUCGGAUACCAGCAGUCUUAGCAACGGCGAUCUACGUCGAAAUGGACAUGGAACAGGGUCUGUAAUGAGAGAAGUGGAUUAUAAGAAAAGAGAAAUAUCUUACGAAAAUGUGCCUCGUUCUGAUGGUGAAAACCAUUCUCACGCUAACGUUGGUACUGGUUUAUGGUACAGAGAUGCUGAUGAAGAUUACCGACGUGAAAUGGCUCAAAGCGAAGUUUCGUAUCCUGCGGGAAAUUCUGUAGGAAGUGAAAGAUUUUACACGGUAGAUCGCAAGGACAAAGCUAAUAAGAAACUUCCCCCACCCAGUCCUCGAGCAUAUACGUUGGAUAGACGGCACUUAAAGAACAAGGACAAACAAAAGCAAGUUGCAAACACCAGUGGCGUUAAAAUUUUAGUCAAUGGAAAAGAAAUCAAAGACAAAUCUGGAAAGAAGUCUAAAAAACGUGAAGACCCGUCUUCAGUGCAAAGCGAUCCUAUGUACGUAAGAGGCGGACUGGCAGCAGCCUAUCAAGCAAGACAAAGAGCUGCUGUUCGGAGAAGCAACAGCACGGCCUCUGGAUUAAGUGGAAAGUACAGAGGAAAUAGUCCCAAUGUACGUCGAAUCGUAGCUAAUUCAUCUGAAUUAUCUGCAGCAAGCUCUGAGAGUGAUUCCUCAAGGUUACGCCGACCACUGGUCAUGUACAUUCCAGGAGUAAGCCAUCAAGAAAAAGUGUCAGACCAGGACGAUCGCUUGAGUAACACAAUCGCCAGGAGUCAAUCUAUGAAGGCUCCUGUUCGCCCACCACGCAUGGUUAAGAAAUCUAAUCUUAGAGCUCACAAAGGUUCUAAAACUGAUUUAUAUCGCAACGAUGACAUCUAUGAGGACGAUGAGAUUAUGCCCUUGGCUUCCGACACGAACCGUAAGAAACCACCAAAAGUACCAUCAGAUUCCAGAAAGCAUAAUGACAUCAAACGUCGACAUUCUAUGCCAAAAGAUACAAAGUUUUCUUGGUUAAAGUGGAGGAUUAGAGGGAAGCCUUCAAGAGAACCCUAACUGUGUUACUAUACAUGCUGGUCUUCGCUGUGAGAAUAUACUUCUGAUCUGAGCUUUGAUGGUUUGCUUGUGAUUUUUGUAUAUUUAAUAAGAGCUGAACAUUCGUUCUUUAACUUCAGUGCUGUAAAAGUGUCACAUUCGAGUAUUUGGUAGCUUAGUGUUGCUAUUUCGUGCUGUAUUCAUGAACAAAUAUUUCACCGUACUUUGGAAUAGAAAUUGGCUAGUCAUGCUAUCAAGCCACCUUCAUUUUAUUAAAUUAGCAUUUCGAGAGUAGUAUCUACGGGUACAACAGCAGUUUAAAAAUCUUGUUUAUAUCAUUUAAAAACAAAUUCUCAAAAACUGAAAACAAAAAUUAAUUCAAAGAAAAGAAAAAAAAAACAUUACAUACAAAAGAACUUCCAUUUCAUGCUUGAAGUCCAACAAGCUUUUGAAUUAAUCAACUUUUAUAUUUUAAAACUGAACAUUUAUAAUUUUGUAAGCAUUUGAUUAUAGAUGUGCCAAUUUUAUGAAUAUAAUGACUGUCAAUUUAAAGUGUUUGUAAUUUAAACAUGACACAUUUUUACUAAAAAGUUGAAUAAGUCUUCUUGUAAAUAAUGUUGUUCUGUCUCUUCCUUCAAUUAAUUAUUAAGUAUGUAGUAAAUUUAAAUCACAUUUUUCAGUAUUUUAGCUCAAUGAAAAAAAAAAAAAAAUUCCUGUACUUACAAAUGGAAACCUGCUAUAAACUCUAUUAUGUUUUCAUCUUCAAACUUAUGAAGAUUUAAUUAUGUAACUUUUUUACUGCGUAAAAGUAAAAAACCUUUUUUCUGCAUAUUGCUUUUUCUCAAAUUAUGUAUGUAUUACGAAGAUGUACCAAAAUAUUUACUCCAAGAAAUUUUUAACAGGAAAUAUACCGGUAUUUUAAGGUACAAUGUUUUAAAAGAAGAUAUUUUAGAUAAUAAUAGCAAAAAAAGAAAGAAAAAAUUCAAAAAUUUUAGUAGUUUUAAAUCUUUUUCAAAAUGUUUUAAACUUUCCUCAGUGAAGGAAAAAUUGCAAGACCUAAGCUGUGUGUAUUACAAGUCUAAUAAUUUCAAAAGUCGUUAAAACUGUUUUGGAACCAUUGCUAAUUAUUUUCCAAUGAUUUCAAGAGAGAUUACGGAUAAAAAUUAAUUUCUCUAAACACAUUUUCUUUUAUUUUUACAAACGUGUUCCAGUGUUAGGAAGAUUUUAAAAUUGCACACCAUUUUGUUCAUAUUAAAAUUACUUCUUAAAAAAUCAUCAUGAUAAAUAUAUAAUAAAUAAAUAGAAUUGUUUAGCAUUUAAAAAGCUGAAAAGUGCAAAAUUAAUAUGAAGUACUGAAAUAUUUAAAGCCUAAACAUUAACUUUUUUUCUUAGCAAAAUAACAGGAAGCUGUACUGUAACAAUGCGAAACGCAAACUUUUUACUAAUGCAGAAUUUUUACCUUUUUUU